AUGUCUGUAACCAUGGCUGAUUCCGAAUCGCGCCCUUUAUCAGUCGGGCGAGGUCUGGGUGAUGCUGGAGCCGAUAUUAUGGGACCGAAGAUUGAGACAACCGCGCAUCGACCGGGUGACUUUGAUGAUGAUUCGGAUUGGGAGUAUGAAUACUCUGCCACCGAAACAGAGACAUACUAUCUAACGGUCGAUUUAUCCACCCCAGACUUCACCGCGCGCAACGAUGACCAAAUCGUCCACAACACCAGAGGCGGAUACCGGACCUGGUUCAACCCAUUGUCUGAGAAACCUGACAUCAGUGCAAUGUUUGGUGAGGGCGACAACGAAGGGCAGGCCGCGAAGAGCUCUGUCGAAUCUGGCGCCAGUCAAAGGGCCAGCAAUAGUCAAAAUCGGGGUAACGACGACGAAGAGGACGAUAAUAGCGAGGAAGAUGACGACGACGACGAGGAUGACGCAGACGAAGGGCGCAGGGGCGACCCAGAUCCCCAGCAGUCGGGUGCUACAGGUACGGGCAGCGAUGUAGGACCGGACAAAGGCAGCAGCUUAGGGAUAGCACGCUCUGCCAAACGGAAAAAGAAGAGCAAGAAAGAGGACCAGCCUCUCCAAAUACAGAUCAUGGACCUGCAUUCGGAGCAACCCAUCAUCUCGCACAAGGGCAUGGUGUUCAAGGGCAGUUGGUCGAGAAACAUUGGGACAGAACUCGUCUUCACAACACCACUGGAGGAUGACGGCACCACCACCACCGCAGACUCGGAGCACUCCCGCAGCGUUGACCAUGACCAAGAAAAUCUGGCGCCCGAGUUCCGCGAGCCACGGACGGGCUCUGAUACCGCGUCGCUGCCAGGCCACAAACCUUCGGACAAAACCCUUCCUCACCUGGCAGCAGUCCCGGGGGCCACGCUCCUGGCGGCAUCCUCGGCCCGGCUGCAGUGCCAGCCCAUCUCGAUCCAGAACCGUAGCCUACCGGAGCAGCGCAGCGAGGCGCACCGGCUCGCGCGCUCGGCCAACAACUUCGUCAUCCACAUCACCGACGACCUGACGGGGUCUCGCAAGCCCCAGGGUCGGUUCCUGGAGCGGCUCAUGGCCAUCAAGCGGAAGCGCGGCGAGACGGACGAGGUCACGGUCGUCACGGCCGAGAACCCCGACGACGCGGUCGACGACGACUCGGAGGAGGACUUUGAGCGCGAGAAGAAGGAGCGCAAGAAGCUGGAUGGCCAGGCGCGGCUGAUGAGGAAGAAGAUGGACCCCCAGACAAAAGGCCCCGGCCGUGGCGUCGGGUACAAGCCCAGGAUCAGGAGGAACAAGGCUGGCGCGAGGAGGCGGAAGGAGGAGGCGGCUGCUCUCUCGUCUGGUGGACCUUCCACUCCGACCCCUGUCUCUUGGCCUCAGGCAUAUGAGCAGCCGAGCCUGACGGGUGACGCAGGACCAUCGCAAACGCGUUCUGGUUGA